AAUUAUUUACUGGAGGUUUGUUAAUGUGAAAACAUGAAAGUAGUUUACUUCUCAAAUUAUGGAUAAAAGACUUAUAGUGAAGCCAGUGUCUAUAGGAAUCAACAUUUACUGUCUUGUACAAGAGCUGAUUUGGACAUGUUUUGCAUUAGUAUGUAUUUUAUACCGAUUUGAGGUAUUUAGUGUGGAUAAUAGAGGUUUUGUAAUGAAAGGAGAUUUAAAGUGGUCAUGGUUAUUAUUUCUCACCGAUGAAAAUGAUAGAUCAUAUAGAAAUAUCAACAGCAUAGAAUUCUUGAUUUUUUUAAUAAUAUACCUUUGCUCCAGUUUUGUAAUAGUUGGUUUAUCAUCGUAUAUAAUUCAGACUUUAAUUACGUCAAACGAUAAAUGGGGAAAAGGCAUGACAUAUAUGCACGGUUCUACAGGAGCUUUAAUGAUAGCAACAUCUAUUGUAGAUAUUAUAUUAUAUUCACUAAUCUUAGUCGAUAGGACUUACUUAAAAGAUUUGCCCAAUUUUGAUCAAAUCGCCACCUCAAGUAAUAUAUUGUCAGCAUAUUUAUUUACUGCCAACAUGGUUAUAAGAGGAUAUGCGGUAUGGGUUAUUAAUAUAGUUGUGGGAGCACUGCUUAUUAGAUUUGCUGUGGUGAUAAAAAGAAAUGCUAAUAAAACUCCUCCAGGGUCUCUUAUUUCGGUAUAUGAUUCCAAGAGCCCACCUGAUGGUUGGAUGGACGUAGGCAGAGAUAAUCCAAAUUUCAUUGAUUUAGAAGGCGUACCACAUCCAUCACAGGAAGAUGGAGGACCAUCUUCUCUGAGAAAUUACUAUUUAAAUCCAGAAACCGACUUACCCAAUAGAAUAUACGAUAAUCAAAUGUACGAUGACGAUUAUCCUUAUAUACCAACACCAGAUUAUACACCUCCAGCUAGUCCACCACCUAAUUCAAGGCCUAUUUUGAAGACGAAUGGUAGAUAUGCCCCAAGUGAUUCGAUAUUUGAUUAAAUUUAAUUUUUAUUUGAUGCUUGACAAUUAAUAUUGAAGAACAUGAUAAAAUGGGGCUAGUGUGACAUUUAUAUAUUUUUGUAUGGUUUUAUUUAUUUUGUACUAAUAAAUUAUUAACAAAUAUUUCAAAACUUGUUAAUUGUUGAGUUGCAAUAAAAUUUAAAUUUUUAACUUAUGUAUAUGUACAUAUCUGUAUCUUUUUGUGUAUGUAAAUAUAAAAAAAUUGUAAAGUCUACGUUAUUUAAAGUAUAUAAAAUUCAAAUCACAAUUACAAGAAACAGGUGGAAAACGUCCAACAAAGAAGAGAAAUACAUAAAAUAUUUUACCAAAGUUUCUCCUGAAUAAAAUACAGCCCUUCAAAUAUAUUUUUUAAAACAUGA